AUGGCGGACCGGUAUUAUGAUGAUGGCAGAGCCAACGAGGCAUUGGACCCGGAGCUGUUAUACACAAAGGAGUUUUGCAUCGGUGGAGGCAGUUUCGGCAAGGUCUUUAAAGGUGUAGAGAAGAGGACAGGACAAGCUGUUGCGAUCAAGGUCAUCGACAUCGAGAGCGCAGAAGACGAGGUGGAGGACAUAAUUCAAGAGAUUGCGAUUCUUUCGGAGCUCCAGUCGCCAUACGUCACGAAAUACUAUGGCUCAUAUGCAAAAGGCGCCGAGCUCUGGAUCGUCAUGGAAUUCUGCUCGGGCGGAAGCUGCGCCGACCUGAUGAAGCCGGGCCAUAUCGGAGAGGACUACAUCGCCAUUAUUGUGCGCGAGCUGCUGCUCGGCUUGGAUUACCUCCAUGCUGAUAAAAAGCUGCACCGUGAUGUCAAAGCUGCAAACGUGCUGCUUGGCUCUAAUGGGCAGGUCAAGCUCGCCGAUUUUGGUGUCUCGGGCCAGCUGUCUGCCACAAUGACCAAAAAGAACACGUUCGUAGGCACGCCGUUCUGGAUGGCGCCCGAGGUCAUUAAACAGUCCGGAUACGACCACAAGGCAGACAUCUGGUCCUUGGGAAUAACGGCACUCGAAUUGGCAAAUGGAGAGCCGCCAUAUGCCGAUAUCCACCCGAUGAAGGUCCUCUUCUUGAUCCCAAAGAACCCGCCUCCAAGACUUGAGGGCAAUUUCACCAAAGCUUUCAAGGACUUCAUAGAACUGUGCCUACAGCGAGAUCCAAAGGAUCGACCAGUAGCCAGAGAACUAUUAAAACACCCUUUCAUUCGGAAGGCGAAGAAGACGACAUAUCUCACAGAACUCAUUGAGAGACACAGCAGAUGGCGCGCGACGCACAAAUCUGAAGAUGACGACCCGUACGAUGAGAAUCAGGAGCCUGUUCAGCGAGAGCAGGUCAACGAAGACAUGUGGGAUUUUGGAACCGUGCGGCUCGUCGGCGACCGCGGAGGGAUCGUGACCAGGCCAAGUCUCAAUGAUAUGAAUGACUCUGCGAGGAAUGCCCGGGCAUCUCGGCCACUUGAUGCGAACCAUGGCGAAAGCCCUCGGGCGACGUCGCCGUCCAAGGUCUCAGCGCAUGACUUUGCCUCGGCCUCGGGCAGCACCCUGAAGGCAAAUGGCGGCAACUCGAGACAAGGAUCACCACAACGGAAACCGGUCUCCGCACUGCCACCGCCCUCGCCAACCAAAGUACCGCUUCCUGCUUCGCCGAGAAAGCUGCCGCCACAGCCGCUUGAUGGAGAGACACCACGACCACCCAGACAUGCCGCACCAGUGGCGACCAUGACAUCUGUGGACUACGACCAAGCAUUACAGCACCAACUCCAAGAAGACAUGGCGCAGUUGAAUAUGCAGUCACCUCACAUUCAGCCACUCUUUGCGCAGGCACCUCCUCGGGCGAUACAGCCGCAUAUCCUGUCAGCCAAGAACUCCCAGACGCAUCUUCAACCGCAGCAACCGCAGCAAAGGUCGCCAUCGAAACCCAGCUCAUUCAUCAUUCCCGAGAUACCACCGUUCCGUGGUGCUAGCGGCACCCAUCAACCUGUCCAGAAUAUCACGCCACAGAGCUCACCUCAACGAUCUGCACAGGCAUUUGCCUCGAAAGCAGCCGCCCAGCCGAAGCAGCUACCGCCACCACCCGAGUCCUUCCCAUCGCCGUCACCAGCGAACGCUAACGGCGAGCUGGACGCGCUGAACGACGUCAUCUUCCCGGCGCUCGAGGAGGCCCUGAAACGGCGGCAAGUACGGCUGCAGCAGAUCUACCGCAACGAGAAGAUCACGCCUCAGCGGCAGCGCGCCGAGGCGGCCCACGACAAGAUCCGCAAGCACGUGUACAAGCUGGCCAACGUGUGCAAGGAGAUUGACCGGCUCGACAAGAGCGAGCCGGUGGGCAUGGGCAAGGACGUCGGCACGUUCCUCGAGGGUCUGCUCGAGGAGAUUCUUGUCCGCGUGGAGCCGCUGGAUGAGGAGGAGAUGGUAUAG